AUGGGAAUCAUUGAAUAAUAUUUUAUCCAGAUCAAAAAGUACAACUAAAGUGAUAUUUUUCUAAAAAAACUUCAUUAAAUUCUGUUGAAUCCUAUUGAUAUUACAAAAUUAAAAGAAGAAUAAAACUAUAAAAUUUUAAAAACUGUCAGAAAGCAAUUUGUAUGUUUUUUAAUCCUAAGGUACUUUGAAGUAUAUGGAAUACUAGAAAUUCCCUCAUUUUAUGAAUUGUGGAACAUCUGCUUCCCUUAAGAAAUUCAAAUUAAAAAAAAGCUAUCAAAAUUUGACAAAUAUGUUAAAAAUAAGUAGUAAAUCUAGAUCGAUGAUUAAUUGGAUUUAAAUAAUUCCUUUUAAAAUUCGUCUAGUUUUAUAAAUAGCAGCGUUUCUCUAAAUUUUACCAUCUAAACAAAUAUCUAAAAUGAAUAAGAAAUUCAUUCUACUUUUUUGUCUUAAAAAAUAAAAGGCUUAGAUUAAUCAAAUAUUUAAUUAUCUGAGGAUAAUUAGACGAGCUAUGAAUAUAUUUUCUGUUCUUAGAAGUAACCAAUUAAUAACCAGAUAUUUGAAGAGGACAGCUAUUAAUAGGAAUCCAUGAGUCAUUUUCUAAAAUUUCAUAAUAACAAUUAUAUUACAUACUAAGAAGAGUAAUGCCUCUCUCACUAAAAUAAUUACGAAGAAAACUAUUAAGAAGUAUAUGAAAAUAUUUACGAAUGA